CGGUUUUCUCGUGCAACAAACAAAUUCCAAUUCGGUUACGGAUUCGGUCUUACUUCUAGAGAGUUUAUCGCACACACAUGAUGUGCUUCAUCCAAGAUCCGUGUCGGUCAACCUCCCUCUUCUUUAUACUUUUGAUGCAAAUUCGGCAUCGUCAUCUACGUCUGGUCUUUCAUUCUACUAUCAUCUUCGAAAUCCCAGUCCCCUCAUGAUUAGUUUCUUCUUCCUUCUUUGAUUGUAACAUUUUGCACCAUUUUCAUUUGUUCCCGUGAGGACCACGACUACCGUCUUUCAGGAUAAACAGUACACGUAGAAGUUCUAAAGUAGUACCUCCAACCCGGCGCUCUCGUCGUUGUCACAUAUUAUUUGUAUUCAUCCCAAGAAACAUGGCACCGUUUACAGUUCCCGACGUGGACGACCGGCGAGAUAUUCGUCGGCAGCCGCGUAUGGAACUGUCAGGAUCGAAAUUGACAAAGUCGAAAAAUUUGCGAUGCAUAAAAUGCAUGACGCGCAACACGUGUGUUGCAGAGCAGGCAAGUGAGGCCGAUUGUAAGCCUGCUUGGGGUUAUAGGUCGAGCUGCUAAGGCAGCAUGAGAGAAUCAGUCUUCUUUGCCUAAACAGCAUUACAAACUGAAUUUAGGCAAGAGCCAUAAUUUGUCAUGCGCCACUUAGAAACUGGGUUCGAACUGGAAUCCAUUUUAUGCAUGACAAAUUAUUUCGAUUUUGUCAAUUUCGAUUCUGACGCUUCCAUACCGCGUCCGCAGACCGCGGCGGACGAGUUAUCGCACUACGAGAGGGUUUUGCGAAAGAGCGACCUGCGCGGAAACUCCAUGUGGAUGCAGGGCCUGCAGAAAAAGUACCGAAAGAACAAUAGAUUAAUUGCGUAUAAAUAGAAUUUGAACCUCUUUUGCUUUUCGAUGCCGUGCGCAAAGAAAAAGAAUCAAUGCAUGGUAGUUGUUAGUUGUUGGUAGUACUAGUACUAAUAUUCGUGGUAUCACAAGAGUAGGAAGGUGGGGGUAGAAGGAACGAAUCACGGUUUUUAUCAGUUUCAUCCUGCUUCGGUUCUUUUUCCAUGUAGAACACCAAACACCGUUGCAUGCGUAAAUUUGAUGGGCUUCAAACAAAAAAAUUGACAGUUUCAAGUUCACUCCAGAAGACCAUGCCAAGCAGGAAGUUUUUCGCGAUGCACGGAAGUGGCGAGAGAGUCACCCUGGGCUUCGUGAGGCGCUGGUGGAUACAAUGAGCAACCCGGGCGUCCGCGUCUCCGUACCGGUCGCGAUGAACCGUGCGGCCCACGAGUUUCUCACCCGCCCGCAAACCGGACCAGCAAGACCCGACAUCGAGAGAUAUAAAGAAGGUAUCUAUAAAGAUAUUAAACUGCGGAAGAUAAACCGUAACCGACAUGACGAUAAUGUUCCGAACGAAUAAAACCAUCACCACUAAAAGUAAAAUUUCUUCAACCUUGUCGAAGCUUGAAAAAGUUGCAGAGAGACUCGUCGACCAGAAUACUUCAGGAGCUUAAAUGGCUAGAAAAGUUUUGCGUUCUUUAGCAGUGGACAUGAACAAGAAGAACGUGAGCCAUCAGCUUUAUUAUCGUUAAUUAUCGACCUGGUCGUGAUCCAAUUCCGAACAGGUGAGCGAGUGUUGCGGGAGGGGGAGCGACCGAAAAUGAUGAAGGAGUAUCGCAACAUGUUUCAUUCGACCCUUUGGCACCCCGUGACCGUGAUCGACACACGCAAGGGUCCCUUCAAAGCCGCCGAGAUGGUAUCACACAGAAAAAAGCUGGCAGCGCAUAUUUGUAAUGCAAAAAUAAACACAAAGAAAAAUGAAAAUCUGCAUCGCAUAACCGAGUAAGUCGGUCACUUGUAAUUGUAUGCUAGGCGUUGGGUUACCCGGUCGGCAGAGCCGAUCCACAACGAACGAAUAGCCGAAACAGCAUGCUAGGGGGCCACCCAUGGCAAAUCUUUCUGUGUAUUUAUUUUUGCAUUACAGCCAGCUUUUUUCUCUGGGAUAGAUGGCGAGGCGGGACUACGAAAAGGUUUGUCUGGAAAUUCAACGGGAAACUCGGGCGGUAACCGCCCACAACCGGCGCGCCCGGUAUCCUCUGUGGCCUCCGCGUGAACCGAAAAAGCACGUGGACACGCCCCACGGACUCAAUCGAAAGCGCGACUACAUCGGCGGCGCCUGUCCUUUGUGAUUGUGAACAUCAUCACAAUCGCAAGAAGAAGUAGCGCGCAAUCUUCGCUUACUUGAUUUAUCGAAGCUUCUCACUCUCGGUUCGGGUUCUCCUUCUCCAGUUCUCUUCCACCACGCUCCGUCACUCACGCGUGGAACCAUAAAUAUGCCAAGCAAAAGUGGUGUCCUGUUUCGACUAUACGACCCGCAAAAUUCAAUGCCGAGGUUUUCCACACUGCUACUGCAAUCCCAAUCCAUCGUCAUCCAAAUUGAGUCCAAGCAUCUAAGAAGAACUUGAUGUUGCACCCCCUCACCGAUCAUCUCGAUCUCCAGGCUAUUUCUAUUUCGUUUUUUUUCUGUCUGUGUACAUGCAAUGUUUUAAUUUUUCAUGCUCUUUCUUUGCUAUUGCUGUUAGUGUCAGCACCGUGCUUGUUGGCGUAAAUGUAUUUGUUGUUUUAUUUCGAAGCGCACUCAGAUGUACAAGUACAAAUCAAUAUAUCACGUAAGUAGAGGGUGAAGCCAGCUUUUUUCAUUCUACAGUAUUUGAACCCGCUUGAGUUUUACUUUGACCGAAUUCAUCAAAACGAACCCGACCGUAGCCUUAAACCCACGGAGAUUUUUACAUUCAUUCUACUGGAUAAAAUGCAUGUAAAAGUAGAAUUGUACUUGAGUGGCUUCUACAGCUACACAAGAUGAACUAUAUAGCACUUGUUGUGCGCAUGCUCUGUGGUCGUCAAUAAAGGAAUGUCGACAACAACGACUACGCUUUGUUAAGUGAAGGGAUCAUGUUGUUAGGUCGUUC